AUGUCUUUCUCCGAUUUUUCCAAGGUUGAAACCAUCAAAUCAUUAAACGAAUUCUUGGCUGACAAGUCUUACAUUGAAGGUACCUCUGCUACUCAAGCUGACGUUACCGUUUACAAGGCUUUCCAAAAAGAAUUCCCACAAUUUGCUAGAUGGUUUAACCACAUUGCAUCAUUCACCGAAGAAUUUGCUGAAUUACCAGCCGGUAAGGUUCCAGCUAGCUCUGCUGCUGAAGAAGAUGAUGAUGAUGUCGAUUUAUUUGGCUCUGACGAUGACGUUGAUGAAGAAGCUGAAAAAGUGAAACAACAAAGAUUAGCUGAUUACGCUGCUAAGAAGGCCUCUAAGGGUCCAAAGCCAGCUGCUAAGUCUAUUGUCACCUUAGAUGUCAAGCCAUGGGAUGAUGAAACCAACUUAGAAGAAUUAUUAGCUAACGUUAAGUCCAUCGAGAUGGAUGGUUUAACUUGGGGUGCUUCCCAAUGGAUCCCAGUUGGUUUCGGUAUCAAGAAAUUACAAAUCAACUUAGUUAUUGAAGAUGAAAAGGUUUCUUUAGAUGACUUACAAUCUUCAAUUGAAGAAUUUGAAGACCACGUUCAAUCUACCGAUGUUGCUGCUAUGCAAAAAUUAUAA